AUGGAUUCCAUCGUUUCCCAAAUCCACUCCUUGGCCCAGUCUACCGGCGAAGCCGGCCGGCUGGAGAUCCAGCGGGCUCUGCGACAAACGCAAGUCGAGCUCCAAAGCCCCAUCGAGGUCUUGUUUGAGCUUGUAAAUUCGACUUUGGGUGUUUCUGUCGUUCGCAUGUCGACCGACCUCGGACUGUUUGGUAUACUUGCAAAGAGCAGCGAAUCUUUGUCCGUCAAUAAGAUCGCCGAGGCCUCUGGGGCGUCUCCUGACCUUCUAGCGAGGAUUCUUCGCUAUCUGGCUUCCACCAACAUGAUCAUGGAAGCCGGGGUCAAUCAAUACGAAGCGAACAAAACCACGCACGUUUUCGCCAGUGAAAAAGGCGAGGCCAUGGUGCUCCACGGAUUUGACUUCCACGCUGUUAUCAUGCGUGUGAUGCCCGACUUCUUCAAGGAGACCAAGUACCAAGACGUCACAAGCAACAAAUACAUUCCAUUCCACAAGGCCUUUAAUACGAACCUCAGCUGCUUCGAUUGGCUGAUCCAGCACCCCGAACACUUCACACCCUUCCAAAAGGCAAUGACGUCCAUCGAGGGAUCCGAAUGGACCGAGGGAUUUGACCUUCUCGAGUCCGAGAUAAAGAAGCUGCCAUCCACUGCAGCCCAGUCUUCAGAGAGAACCUUCCUUGUCGAUAUUGGAGGUGGACACGGCCAUCAGAGCAUUCAACUUGGUCAAAAAUACCCCAACGUUUUGGGCCGUUUGGUUCUACAAGAUCUCCCCACAACAGUGGAAAAUUUGGCAAUUGAGGGCGUCAAAGUUGAGGCCUAUGACUUUUUCCAAAAGCAACCACUCGUUGGUGCCAAAUUCUACUACCUUCGCCGAGUUCUUCACGACUGGCCGGACAACGACGCAACCAAGAUCCUCCGCAAUGUUGCCGAGGCCAUGUCCACUGACUCGCGCGUUCUGAUCGAUGAUACCGUUCUACCGGAUACUGAAGCUGUUUGGCAGGGCACUAUGGCCGAUCUUGCCUUGAUGAUUUCAUGUGGUGGAAAGGAAAGGACCAGACGACAGUGGGAACUUCUAGCCGAUGCUGCUGGAUUACGAGUGGAGCAGAUUCACUCUUACGUCGCUGCAACGUACACCUCGAUCGUGGUGCUGGCCUUGAAAUAG